AUGCUGAGGAAAAUUGUGCAUGCUAUCGCUGGUCUUAUGUACAUUCUAUGCCCUCCAUGGCCACCGUGGGUCAUAAAAAAAAUAGCAUUUCGGGCUCCACCACGUGGAGAGUACUAUUAUUUGGUUGGCGGAAAGAGAGACCAACGUCGCGUUUUCUUCAGUGCCAGAGAGGCAGAUGGUGUUGAAGAUUUACAGAUUUGUCUACCACAUUUACUGCGAUCACGUGUGAAAGCGAUUGACAUCUACUACCAUAUUCUUCGAUGUAAGCCAGUCAUUCUAAAUGUCUACGAAGAGUUGCGGAUUUGUGCAAUGGAAGUGAUGUGCGAACAAACGGAGAAAUGGCUAAGAAGAACAGGAAGUCGAAGGACUCGUUCUCCACAUUUGAUAAUAUUUGCGCAACCAAACAGUUCCGACAUCGGAUGUUGCAUGCUUAUGGAUCCGAAUUUUGUCGACAUAGCAGAUUUUCUGAAGUGCGACUUAUUGGUGUUCGAUUAUGCUGGCUAUGGAGUUAGCGAAGGAAAUUCUACAGAGAAGACAGUGUACGAUACCGUUGAAAGAGUGUACAAAUACGCCGUCACGGAUUUGAAAUAUCAACCGAAAGAUAUUAUAUUGAUCGGAUUCAGCUUAGGAACGGCAGCCAUGGUUCAUAUUGCUUCUAUAACACCGGAUCUCGGUGCAAUGGUUCUGAUAGCUCCGUUCACAUCACUAUGGCGUGUGAUUCUUCGACGACCUUCAUUCAUAACUGGUUACAGUCUAUUUUUCAGCUACGAAAAAGCACAAAAUAUUCGCUGCCCAACACUUGUUUGUCAUGGUGACCAGGACGCUAUUGUUCAUCAUCAACAUGGCUUAAUAAUGAAGGAAAGAAUCGCCAAUUGUGAACUGUUCAUUAUCUCCGCUAGUCAUCAAGGUAUAUUUUGCGAGCGAAAAAUGUGGGAUGACGUUAAUCGUUUUCUUCGCGAAAAAGUGAAUCUUAUGGAAGCAUGGGUUCAAGCUGUGCAAGAAUCAACGCCGGAUGUGUCACGAUAUGGGUAA